AUGCCCCAAAAUAGAAUUUCGCCACCGCAGGGCACCAGCAGCGCCAAACAUCGAAACCAGGCAGAACAGAACACGGGGAGAGGACGACGACGAGGACGAAGAAGAAGUAGCCUAUCCAUCUCACAUUUAGAUUUCAUGGGAUGGGUAGUUGAAGCUGCCACAAGUAUGACCUCCCGUCUGGUCCUGGCCAUCGGCGACCUCUUCGUCCCUGACCGCACUCCGGAUAUUCCAGCAAAGGUUCGCACCAAACAAUUUCCCCGCGAUUUCUCCCUGUGUCCCUUCCCUUGCCCCGCCAUAGAAAACAAACACUAA